CACUCGACGCAGUCAACACAGUCGAGACAGACAUAGAACACAGACUUUGUUCCUACAGUGGUUUGACAAUUUUUUAUUGAGCUUAUAUUUUGUCAUUUUCAUUAAUUUGUAAUUAUAAUAAAUGUAAGAUACACAUAUAAAUAAUAUAGUUAAUUACAGCAAUAUAAUCCAAGUGUACAAUCAAGUUGAUAAAAAAUAUAACAAUAAUAAACCAGUUUAAACUUUGUGAUAAUAUUUAACCUAGAGAGCUUUUUUUGUAUUUAGAGAUAGAUACUUUCACCGUGUGAAAAUAAUUAUCGUAAUUGCAGGAUGGGGAGCAGUGCUCAAUUAUACAGUUUAUCUUGGGGUGAAUUUAGCACGUCGCUAACUUCAGCAGUGCAAUUACUUAGAGGACAUGGUGAUCUUGUUGAUGUAACAUUGGCGGCUGGUGGUCGUACUUAUCCAGCACACAAAAUAGUUCUCUCGGCUGCCAGUCCUUUUUUAUUAAACUUGCUCAAGAGUACACCAUGUGAACAUCCAGUUGUUUUGCUUGCUGGAGUAAGCUCUGACGAUUUAGAAUCUUUGUUAGAAUUUGUUUAUAAAGGUGAAGUGAGUGUUGAACCUUCACAAUUGCCUUCAUUGCUACAAGCAGCACAUUGCUUGAGUAUUAAUGGACUCGCAUCUCCGACAAUAUUAACUGAAAAUGGUGAAGAAGUUCCUCCUACAGCAAUACCAACAGUUACUGAACCAGUAACACGGGAAAUAAUGAAUUCAAGUAUUCCAAUAAAUCGUCGAAAAAAGAGAAGAAGAAAAUCAUCAUCUUCAUCCGGUAAAUGGGCAAAAAUAGAUACGGCAACUGAUACUGAGGAUCGACAUGAUGGUCAUGGUGAUGACGAUAGAACUACCGAUUGUGAUCAAAAAAAUGAGGAGACUAGUGUUAAUGCCGACGAUGAUGGACAUUCCAAAGGUAAAAGUGUAUCUGACCAACCAACCAAAUGUCCAUUGUGCGGUGCAAUUUUACGUCAAUCUCGAAACCUCCGCCGUCACCUUGAGCUCCUUCAUUUUGGUGCUGGAAAUAAUAACAAACCGUCGGUGCGUAUACGACGGCGUAAACAUGAUUUUCAAUCACCAACAAUGGUACCGCGUAUCCAUCAAAGUCAAUUGAGAACGGCAAUCACAAAUGACAAUUCUGACUUUUCAUCACUCAAUCCACUAUCUCUCACCUCGACUGUCAACUCAUUGUCUUCUAAUUUUCCUGGUAACAUUUUGACACCUGGAUCUGAGGUUCACCCACGAAGUGAACUAAUUACCGCUGUUAAUCCACUAGUUCUGGAACCGCCAAACAAUGGACUUUAUUCAUCGGAAAAUAGUGCAAGUAUGCUAAAUUUAUUGCCAAAUUUGCCGUCAUUAUCAACGUUGCCAUCGCCUCACGAUGUUUUUUUACAUGAAAAAAUGUUACGAGCGGGUACCGCUUAUCAUGAUUCUUCAAGGCAACAUAUUAAACAUAUACUACGUGAAAAUGUUACUUAAGCUUAAGCUAUCAAUUAAAAAUGAUAGCUGUAGUUGAUAUUGAUCAGAAUAUUUUUAUUGUUACAAUGCUUAUUCCAUGAGGAAUGAAUUUGAGAUUGUUAAAAAAUGUAUAGAUGAAGAAGAAGAUCAAAGUGAUGUUAUUAUUAGAGGGAAUUAAUUUUCUAUAGUAAUGGGCUUAAAUAUUUAUUAUAAUUAUUAUUAAUAUGAAAUAUUCUCGCACAAAUAAAUGGUUAUACUGGUAUUAAUUAA